AUGGAUGAAACCGAUGAGGAAAAUGAAAUUGCCUCAGUAGACUGUGGACUAACUGGAGUUGAGGUGUAUGCGGCCAUUUUUAGUGAUAGAUUUAGAGAUGCCUGUAGCCAUGGUGAUGUACAAAUGAUGUCAUCCAUCUUGGAUGACUUGAGUCAGGCAGAUCAGGUCGAGCUCAUUCACAGGUUGUCAUUUCCCUUCGGCCCGCCUAUUUUUGAGGCCAUUUCGUCGAGUCAGAUUAACGCUGUCGAAUUUAUAUUAGAAAAAGGGUACAACAUUGAGACUGAGUAUGAAAUUGAUAUCAAUAUGCCAAUCUUACUGAAAGAUAAAUGUACAGCCCUCUGUGUGGCAUGUGCCUGUGGGGACAUAGAUAGUGUUAAAAUCCUUCUCAAGCACAAUGCAGACGUCAAUCAUGUUUCACUGAAUGCCACACCCAUCAUAUAUGCCAGCCAGUAUAAUAACGUAGAGUUGGUUUCACUGCUGCUGUCACAUGGAGCUGAUGUCAACUUAAUGCCCACUAGCUACAGUUCACAGAUCGUUUUUGUUCCUUUAUUUCAAGCAUGCAUGAAUGGCCACAGUGAGACUGCUGAAUUGCUCAUGGAGAAAGUUGAAAACAAGAUUGGAGUUGAAAGGAAGAUUUGUUAUUUAGGCUUGCUGGGAGCUCAGUGUAUCAACAAUUAUGAAGACUUCGAGAGAGGGGUGAUGUUCUGGAAAACUGCUCUUCAAUCAUUAGCUGAAUUAUGUCAAACGGAGUUAAUUAGUAGUAACAUAAGAUCAAGCGAUUCGGAGAUGAUGCAAAAAUUAAAAAAGUUCUAUGCUGAUAGCUCCAAACACACUGUCAUUAAUCACAUCUCAUUUCAAGGGGUAAAUAAUUCAAAACCAGUUGACAAAGCUGACCCUCCCACAGAGUUCAACAUAACAUCCCCACUCUACGAGUCUGCAUUCAAAGACAUGCAACUCUGCUCCACUUUGGAAGAACUUGAAACGCUUUCAAAGGACAAAAAGAAGUUAACACUCCAAGCUCUGCUGGUUCUUCAAGACAUCCUGGGCCCGUCCCAUUCUGAAACAGUUGCCAGCAUGGAUAAAGCAGCCAAGACCUUCAUGGAACUCGGUGAUUUAGAAUUUUCAUGCAAAAUUCUUCUCUAUGGAGCAGAGUCUAAUGAUAAAAAUAACAUAACUGAAAAAACUAGUCAAUAUUGUAGCUUACUGGCUGAAAAUUUGCUGAAAUGUAUAUACGGUGACGAAGGACAACGAAAUUUCAUAAACUUUUCUUCUCUUAAGUUCAUUAUUUUUGCUACUUUGGAAUUAAUAAUAAAGGGUAUGGUCAGGAUUCAAAAAAAUGUUUUUCUUCAAGAUUCUAACCUCAGUGAAGGUUCUCAGAUCUUCCACGCUUAUGCGCAACCAGGCUUCAAAUGCGUUUUCACCAUAAGAUUGUUUACUGAAUUGGUCGAAAGUUUCAUGGCUCUGUUGAGAACACUGUUUGAUAUCUUGCCAAGCCAAGCUUGUCAAUAUAAUGAAAAUGAUGAUAAAAUUAUGACAGAAUUAAAACGGUCGGUUUCUUCUUUGAUAUCUUUGUGCCACAAAACGACUCCUCCCUUCAGUAAAUUCAGUCUGGAGUCUGAAAUGAUGAAAAUUGCGGUUUGUGGCGACCAUUCUGCACUUUCUACGCUCUACUUUCAUCAGGGUGAAUUAUUUCCCAAUUUGGUAGUUUUAGAUUUUUUGCUGAUUUGUGGAAUUUCGACGAAUUGCGUAGAUUUUCAGGGGGAGACACCACUUCAUCACGGCAUCGAUUGUUCCUAUCCUAACCGCGAGGUUAUCAUCAAGUUGUUGGAAUACGGAGCUGACGUUGAUAUCUGCAAUCGACAAGGCAUUACUCCUUACAAGAUGCUGUUCCAAACUCCGAAAUUAAAUAUAAAUCCGUUUAAUUAUAUGACAUUAAAAUGUCUGGCGGCUACCGCCAUUAUUAAAUACCACAUUCCUUACAACGGCGAACUACCUAAAUUGGUUGAAUCUUUUGUAUCCAUGCACAGCAUGCCAAGAAUUCAACUUUUAUUUAAAAAGAACCAAACAGUUUGA